AUGCGUCACCUAAAACCUUCAAUUCUAUUGACCUCGAUUCUAUCGGCAACGGGAAUUGUCGCCAGCGAAGAUCCCAACGAUGUCUCCAUCUUGAUCAGAGAGGCCGGACGCGCCAACAACGAUUCGUUGCUGUGGGGGCCCUACAAGUCAAACCUCUACUUUGGCGUGCGCCCUCGCAUUCCUAAAAGUCUGGCUGCAGGAUUGAUUUGGGGGAAGGUCGACGAUUACGCCGGUGCCCAACAAAACUUUAGACACACCUGCGAACAAAAUGAAGGAAUGACUGGAUAUGGUUGGGAUGAGUACGAUAUUAGGAAGGGUGGUCGGGAGACGAUUCACGACGCCGGAAACAAUCUGGACUUGACCAUCGAUUUCAUCAAGGUUCCAGGUGGUCAGCAUGGAGGUAGUUGGGGUUUCAGAGUCAAGGGAACACCCAGUGAUGGGGACGCCCAACAGCCAACUUCGAUGAUUUUCUACUCCACUCUCGAGGGAUUCGGUCAGUUGGGCGUUGAGACAGAAUCCUCUGAAAAUGGGAUUGAGGGCGAUGUGAAGCUCGAAGGUUCCUCCUUGGAACUUGGCGAUUUUACCAUUGAUGUCACUAAUGGGCCAAACACUAACACACACCCUCGAUUUGAUCACCAGAGCUCCAAGGACAAGCCUUUGGACCGCAGCAUUGUGGCCAGUGUGGCCUUCCCAGAGGAACAGCUGUGGCAAGCAAAGGGUAUCUUCUUUACCCAGAUGAAGACUCAGGUUGACGAGGCCCUCGAGGAGUAUGGAAAGGAGAAUAUCCCACCUCCGGCUCAGCUGUUUACCGUCCCACACAAGCCCGGCCACGGAAACGCCCAUUUCGUCCAGAAGGUCUUUUCUGGAGAGUUCCAGUUUGAUGUCUUGUUCUCCUCGGGCUCUGCACCCGAGCCGCUGACCUCCGAAGUUCUUACCAAGGAGAUCAAGGCUGCAUCUGAGUCUUUCUCGGAAACUUUCGAUCAACUUCUGCCGCCCCAGCCACCGUUUGAUAAGCCAAAGUACUCCAAGUUCUCUAAAGCAAUGCUGUCCAACCUUGUUGGUGGAAUUGGCUUUUUCCACGGUGAUGACAUCGUGGAUCGCUCGGCCAAUCCUGCUUAUGAGGAGGAGAAUGAGGGAUUCUGGGAAGAGACCGCCCAGGCUAGAGCUGCUGUUCAACCUGUACUCGAAGGCCCUAAGGAUCUGUUCACCUGUGUUCCUUCCCGGCCAUUCUUCCCCAGAGGUUUCCUAUGGGACGAAGGAUUCCAUUUGAUGCCUGUUAUCGAAUAUGACACCGAUCUUGCGCUUGAGAUCAUCAAGAGUUGGUUCCAUUUGAUGGAUGAGGAUGGAUGGAUCGCCCGUGAACAAAUCCUCGGCCAAGAAGCGCGAAGCAAGGUCCCCCCGGAGUUCACCAUUCAAUACCCUCAUUACGCCAACCCACCCACCCUGUUCAUGGCUCUCGAGACAUUUAUGGACAAGGUAAUCAACAACGUGAAUAAAAGUACAGAGUCUGAGACACUGGACAACCAAGAUGCAACCGCAAGCUUGCGUUCUGCUACCGUCCGACACCCGGAGUUGUCCCAAGCAUACCUGCGUUCUUUCUACCCGCUUCUGAAGAAACAUUACAACUGGUACAGAAACACCCAACGUGGUGAGAUCUCUUCGUAUGACCGUGAAGCCUUCUCCACAAAGGAGGGAUACCGCUGGCGCGGACGCUCCGUGCAGCACAUCCUGACUUCCGGUAUCGAUGACUACCCUCGAGCUCAGCCACCUCACCCCGGUGAGCUGCAUGUUGAUCUUAUCAGUUGGAUGGGAAUGAUGACACGUACCAUGCGUCGGAUCGCGCAGAACCUGGGCGAGGAGGAUGAUGUUGAGGAGUUCGCGUACUACGAGACCGCAAUUACUCGCAACAUCGACGAUCUGCACUGGGAUGAGAAGGAGCAGACGUUCUGUGAUGCGACUAUCGAUGAGUACGAGGAGAGCGUGCAUGUGUGCCACAAGGGCUAUAUUUCCAUCUUCCCCUUCCUCACUGGGAUGUUGGGCCCUGACAGCCCGCGUCUCAAACCCGUGUUGGACUUAAUCGGCGACCCCGAUGAACUGUGGAGUGACUACGGAAUCCGCAGUCUGAGCAAGAAGGACAAGUUCUACGAUACCGAUGAGAACUACUGGAGAAGCCCUGUCUGGAUUAACAUCAACUACUUGGUGUUGAAGAACCUACAUGACACCGCGACUGCUUCCGGUCCCCACCGGGAACGGGCACGCGAGCUGUACAACACUCUGCGCAAGAACUUGGUCGAGAACAUCUUCCGGGAGUGGCAGAAGACUGGAUUCGCCUGGGAGCAGUACAACCCCGACACUGGUAACGGCCAGCGCACUCAACACUUCACCGGCUGGACCAGUAUGGUGGUUAACAUGAUGUCGAUGUCCGAGUUGGCCGCACCGGCAACCACUCAUGAUGAGUUGUAG